AUGCUGUUAUGUUUUCCUUUGUUUCAGAAAAUACCACUGAUUGUUGUACUGACUGUAAUAGCAGUCUCUACUGCUCUACCGUAUGAGCGGGAACUUACUGCGAACGCGCACGCUAUCCCGGAGUACGAACUGAAGCGGGUACCGACUUCAGAAAAUAAACAUGUACCCACGGACACGUCUGAUUUGAAAACUGACUCUAGUCUAUGGUAUAGCCCCGGGUACCUCUAUCCUUAUACGUACACAAAGGUUUACAAUCCAGGUUACCAGUAUUAUAAUACGGAUGUCUACUACACGCCCUAUUACUCCUUGUACCGCUAAAUUCGCAAUCGAGAUCCUGGUCUUUUAUUUCUUUGUGACUAUAGUUUUGCAAGUAAAAUAAUUCA